UGGAGGGUUGAAAGAUGAUGAGAGUAGUGGAGCAGAGACGUUCCUUUUUAGGAAAUAACAUCCUCAUCUCCUCGUACCCAUCCACGCAUGUCUGAAGACGUAGUAAUGCAAGAUUUAGACAACAACACUCGUGAAGACAACCCACCUCCAACAAAGAAAUUAAAAUCCUCAUCAACACCGUCAACGUCGUCCUUCAAGCCAAAGUCAAAGGCACAACGUCCUCGUUCACCGUCACCAACCCCGCCGCCACCACCACCACCCCCUCUACAAACUAUCAGACUAGAAAUUACACUAGGAGGUCCAGAUAAUUAUGAAGUCGAUAUUGCUGCAAGAGCAAAAAAAACAGGUCAACGUCAACCAACUCCACCUCCUCCAAAACCAGACACUUCAGAAAGCGAAGGAGAAGACGACCAAGAACCAAAAAAGAAAAAGAAAAAACAUGCUACUUCAGAGUAUUACGACGUAAACGACCCUUUUAUCGACGACUCCGAGUUGAACAUCGAUAAUCGCACUCAUUUCGCUCAAACAAAGCAGCAGGGCUUUUACGUCUCAAGUGGAGAAGUCGCACUUAUGAAAGAUAGCAGGUCCCCCAAGAAACCGAAAUCGAAAAAGCUCCCUGCUGAGGCAACGGCCGGACCAAGUAAAGCUGUUGGCAGGGAAGAGGGCACGAAGGAACAUCCUAUCAGUCUGCUAGGCGAAGACAAGGCAAACAAGAAACGCAAGAAUUAUACAGUCGUAGAAGAGAACGGCAAGAAGAGAAAAGUCGUCGAUAUCCGCGACUUUCAUCCCGAACUUCAACUAGCCAUCGAAGACCUCAAAGCUGCCAUAUCCAAAGAAUCAUGGGACGUCAAGGGCAAGUUCCCACCCUCCGUAAAGCCCAUACUCGCAGACGUCGCUCUCAAAGCUGUCAACCUCGGCGAAUACGAUGAUGACUUUUUCAAUCUCAUGCCCGUCUUGUUUCCGUAUAACCGCUUCACCAUGACCAAACUCAUCAAACGCACCAUAUUCACAGACCACCUCAAGAUCUUGACGGAUAGACAAGAUGAGCUGCUUCAACAGCUCGCGGUGCUUACGAAAGAGGGGUUCUCGAAGGCGCAGGAGGAGUGGGAGAAGAGCGUUGUUGCUUGGGAACGCCGUAAAGAGAAAGCCAAGAAUGAAAGCGAAGCAGGCGGAGCAUCAGCCUCAACGCCUAGUGCCAGCGUUGACGCAGCACACCACGACGACGGUGCAGGGAGUGGUGUUGAUGGUGAUAACCGCGGUGGUGAUGGUGAUAGAACCCUUCCAGAUGCCGACGGUGAUAACGCCCGCGGUGCAGACGGCGACAACGCUCGCGGUACAGACGGUGCCGGGACCGAUGGCGACAACGCCCCAGGAGCCGGAGCCGGAGCAGCAGGCAAGACGGACGGAACGAGAGACGCGCAUCCUCCGGCGCAGAAAUAUAGGUUGACGGAGGCGAUGAAGGUGAUUGUGUGGCAGCUUGUGAUGCUUAGUAAUGAGUGCUGUAGGCUUGAGAACGAGAAGAAUGAGUUAGACGGGAGUAAUGCGCUUGUUAGCGAACAGGGGUCGAGAAAGAUUUUGUAUCAGAAGAUUGUGGCGGCUUUCCCUAGUGGAUGGUUGAAUUCGGGUCAGUUAUCACGAGAAGUGAGCUCCCUCAAGAAGAAAUAUGAGAAAGAGACGAUGGAGCAAGAGAACUGAGGACGGGCUUUUAUUUUAUUUUAUUCAGUCAUAUCAUCUUUACUAGUUAUGAAUCUGGAGUGUCUUUUGGUGGUUGAUAUGGUAUAUUAUUCGUUACCUCAGGACCCACUUUUACUUUGUUUCGAUCCCUGCUUUGCUUUUGAUCCCCCACUUUGCUUCGAGCUCCACUUUACUUCGGUCCCCACUUCUUCGAGCUCCACUUUGCUUCGACCCCCACAUGACACUGGUUACUUGCUCCUUGCUCCAGGUGUGUUUGUCCUCUCCCCCCCCUUCGAAGUACUUAGCUUAGGUUCUCACUAUUCACAACAUUAUCGAUAUCCUCAUUUAUUGCUUUUUCGGGGAGUGAUCUGGAGCUUAGCGCGCGCUUAGUAAUUGGCUCUCGAUGCGACAAAGUUGCAAAACGUUGCUCUUCUGUACAUGUUGAUAUUGUAUCUUUGACUGCAUAUGUUUGUGUC